CCAGCUAGCUGAUCGUUAGCUUUUGUGUCAGGAUGGUGCCUGCGGUGUCUAUAUGGUUGUCCGUUGUUUCUGGUUAAAGGUAUCUGGCAUUUGGCGGCUUUAAUGUUCCGUGCAGCUAAUCUAAAAACCAUCGGCAAAGCGGGAACCGGCUGGCACUUUCGCCGGACGAUGGACGAGCUGGUCCAUGACCUGGUGUCAGCGCUGGAGGAGAGCUCUGAGCAAGCUGCGCGUGGUGGUUUUGGUGAUGGAGGAGACCACGCACUGGCCGUGGGCUGUCUGCUGAAGAGGCAGGCUCGGAAGCGGAGGGGUAGGAAGCGGCGCUCCGACAACCCGCACCCGCCGUGGGAGACAGGACACCUCAGCGAAGGCUCAGAGUCCAGUGUGGAAGAACACAAGGACUACCGUGCCGGUACAGGGGGUGUCUCUGCUGCCAACAGCCAUGCCCGUGACAACAGCGACUCCGAUGAACAACUUGGCCCCAAACGGCGUACCCUCCUAGCAGCUGACACGGGCCGAAGCAAGCGGCCGCUUUGGCCGGACGAUUUGGGCGUCCUGGGCUCCGCAGAGGGCACCCGCAGCCUUAGACGGAGACGAAAGGUCAAGCGUAUGGCUGUAGACCCACCUGUGGAACCGGAACCUCCCUCAUCCAUCAUGCUAGGACCCCCACCUGUACCCAAAGCACGUGUUGGCGGCAGGCCACAGAGACAGGGUGAGGGCAGGGGUGCCAUGGAGCUCUGUGGAGUAGGACUGGUCGGGCCAGGGGGAGGGAAGAACAGGGUGAAAAAGAGGAAACUGGCCACCCACAGGCUGGGAAUGGAGGCUGCAGAUGAAGGGGUGGUGGUGGAGAGUGAGGACCCCAUCUCUUCUCCAAUGGAAGGGUCCAAGGACAAGAUGGAGUUGGAGGAGCAGAAGGGAUCGGAUGAGGACAUGAGUGACAGGUGUGAGACCAGCAGUGUCAGUAACAGCAGUGACGGAGGCCUCUACACCAAUGACGAGGGGAGGCAAGGUGAUGAUGAGCAGAGCGACUGGUUCUAUGAGGGUGAUCCGGGCUCCGGUUCAGGGCCUGGAGGGGCAUGUGGGAUAGCAGGAGUGGUUCCCUGGUGGGAGAGGGAGACGGGUUCAGAGGAGCUGGACCUAGCCGACCCUGUCUUCAACAGCAUUCUCACUGGAUCCUUCCCCCUAAUGAGCCCUGGAGCUCAGAGAGGGUUCCAGGCCCGGCUGAGUCGUCUCCAUGGAAACCAGCAGGCGUCUGAGGCGGGGCUGCAGGGCAGCUCCAGCCAAGGCUUCAACGACAGACUGGGCAGACAAAGCCAGGACUCCCAUGAGCCUUGGUUUAGCUCUGGAACGAGGAGAGAGCACGGACAGUUGCAUUGGGACCCACGGGCAGACAGAGGGCAUCGGAGAAGCUGCUCAGUAAAAACAGCCAGCAGGCAGACCAGCGGGCACCUCGGCUCUCUGUGUACGGGGGAUGUCAAGCGGAGGCGAAAAGCAGCCCCCCUCGGUUCCGCCGCCCCCUCAGGAUUGGUCGGGGAGACCGCGCCUCCCAUCCCAGACACCAACGUGGGGAGCCGCAUGCUGCAGAGCAUGGGCUGGAGCCCGGGGAUGGGCCUGGGUCCAGAAGGCAGGGGCAUGACAGAGCCCAUCCGGGCCACACAGAGACCCAAAGGCACAGGUCUAGGUUUCAACUGAACACCUGCUUUAUGCAUCCUGAACCUGGAGCAGACUGGGACAAGAGACGCCCCAAGACCUACAAGGAGUGAAGGAGAUCAGAUGCUGCUCAGUGUGAUGAACAAUUAAAAAAAAAAAAAGAAAACGGUCCAGAAUAAUCCAGGAAUGUGAGUCAUAAGACAGGAAGGAAUGAGGCUUGUCCUAGCAACAGAGUUUGUGAUGAAAGAGAAACUUUCCCAUAUUGGGGAAACUUGGAGAAGCCUGGGAUAUCCACACAGACUGUUCCCACAAAUGGAGAGACUGACCGGUGAACAUGAAUGACUGAAACUGAACUGGAGAAAAGAUGUCUAGCAAACAAAGACGUCCUCUCAAGAAACUCCUUGUUGGAGAAUAUAAAUGACACUGAAGCCUCAUUGUUAGUGUGUUAAGCUGGCAUGCUGCCUCAGCCCCGUUACCUCAGAUGCCGUCAUCACAGGCAAGAAUAUUGGGGUAAUUUUGACCAUAUACUGAGCGUGCAGAUGAUGAUGAUGGUGCCCCCCCCCCCGCGGUCGCUAUUGAUUAGUGAAGUAAUGAUGAAUGGUUUCUUCUGAUAUUGCACAAGAAAAGACUAUACUAGUAGCCCAUAGGUCAAGAUUAAUUUUCGGUUUCUUUUUAAUGUCAUGAAGUGAGGGUACGCUGUGUGGAUGUGUGUUGGAAUAUCCUUUUUAUUGUUCAUUUAAUGGAAGAAUUCAUGUCAUCACAAUGUUUUUAUCUGUUCAAAAACAAACUUUUGCGUGCAGGUUUGGAAAUUCUGAAGGAGAGGAAAUCAGCAGAUUCAGCUCAUUUCAGUGUUUUCAGAAUUUUAUUGCUGUCAUAAUUUACAUAUAAAGGUCUUAAGUACCAUUCGUUCUCAGGUGUUUUCAUGAAAUUCGCCUGAUUGGACCUUUUUUCAGGACUGAGGGUGAGUGUAGACCUGAGGUCUAAUCAGACAGAAGUGAAAAUGCCUGUGUGACAGUGCAGGGCCUUAAACUACAUAACUAUGAUAAAAAAAUAAAACAAUAGUGGAAAUUUAAUCACUUAAAAAAAAGUUUUAGACCCAUUGUCGUUUACUAAGUUGUGAUAUUGUUUCAUGUGUUUAUUUAGGCUAUUGGGCAAUAUAUCUUACCUGCAGCCAUAUAUUGUCCUGAAUUCAGAUGUGAAAUCAUUUUAAAAUUAGGUAAAGGGAUUAAGGACUUGGGGAAAACAGACAUUAAUGAUUAAAAAAAAAAAAAAAAAAAAAAACUGCAGGAAGUUGUACUGUAAAAAUGUUUGUU